AUGUCGGCCAUCCCCACAGACGAGCCGGCCCAAGACCCCCCGCCGUCGAUCGAACCCCAGCAGCUUCAACAUCUCCAGCAGCAGCAACUUCAGCAGCAACAACAGCUCUCAGACGUACAAUCGCCCCCUACAUCUGACCAGACUCGUAAACGCACGUAUUUCAUCUUCUCGACGCCGGGCAGCGGUCUGAUCUCUUUCUCCUUACUACCCUCAGCAAAGGCACCGUCCGUACGCAGAGCUUGCGUUGCAUGUCACACCGGCAAAACAAGAUGUAGCGAGGUGCUACCAUGCCAGAGUUGUCUCAAACGAGGCUUGGGCAACACUUGUGCCUAUCCAGAUCCUGAUGCACAAGAUCAUCAUGCUCACCAUGCACCUGCACCCAACGUCCAGUUUGGCGUAACCGCCCCUCCACCCAUGUACGCAACGCUGCAAGCCCCCAAUCUGUCCCAUCAGCAGUACUAUGACUACAAUGGAACAUUUACCGGCGCCUCCACAUCUACAUUCCGUCCAAAUAAACGACCUCGCAAUCUCACAGAGGAGGAGGCCGCCGCCAUCACUCGUAAUUUUAGCCGUGGCGAUUUCUACGUAGGGUCCAGUGCUCCCGUUAGGAUUGACCCCCGCCUCCCGGUCAGGCUCACCCUGGGAGAAGGCGAUCAUGUUCAUUUCACUGUUGGAGAGGCUUUGGUAUGA